GUUCUCGAGAACCAGAUCAACAUGUUGAAUUUGGAAGCAACUGAUGAAGAUGGUGAUGCUACAACAAUGGAAUUGCUGGACAACAAAACUGAUAGCAUCAGAUUUUGUAAAAAUGGAACUCUGUUUUACACACCGAAUAGUCAAGAACCUGUCAUAAUAGGGUGUGUACAUGUAGUAGUAAGAUUAUAUUUUAGAAAUAUACACAGGGUAGAGAAAAGGGACAUUAAAAAAAUGCAGCCAUUUAGUCUACAGCAAAAAAACAAAGACAAAACUUAGCUUAAUUAUGUGGUAGACAGUUAAUGGUAGGUCUAUUCAAUUACGGAACACCCUUUAUUUGUUGUGAUUAAAAAUUUAGUUUAAUUAAAAAUGAAGAUCCUUGUACUAUUGAGAUUGAACAUUCAGUAGCAUACUUGUAUUUGCUUACCAGGAUCCAAGCAAAAGAUAGUAAAAAUGCCUUCUCUGCCAUAAUGAACAUUCCAAUCACAGUUUGCCCAAUAUGCAAUGGACAUGGUGGGUACAAUGAAAAUAUUGUCAGUGAAGUGGAAUAUCUAAAUGGGCAAAUUACAGUAUUGAAAUGCCUGUGUCUUCCUGCUUACACUGGUGAGUUUAAAUUUGCGCAGCUUAUUUAAUUUUUUUAAAAGACUUUCCUGUGAUUAAUUUUAGAUUUGAUCAUUCCCUUUCCCCUUAAUUGUCCCCUGAAUCAUCUGUUUUUUUUUAAAUAAAUUUAGUUCUGCCUUUUUAACUUCAUUUACACUUUGCUUGGACAUUAAUUUCUCAUUUAAAAUCACAAAACAUACUAGUAUUUAAUUAUAUAGAAAUAUUGCAAGAUCUGUUCACUUUAUAAGACACUGAAUUGAUAAGGUAAAAUAUGGACAAAAUAUGUCAAAAGUUCAUUUCAUUUUGAUUUAUAGUUAGCUUGUUUAAAAUUAUAAAUUUCAGGAGAAUACUGUGAAAUUGAGCUGGAUGCUUGUAAGACAUAUCCCUGUGCCAAGGGACAGAACUGUACAGAUCUAUCAGCUGAGGAACAAGGAAACAUGACCACGGGCUACAGUUGUGGACCUUGUCCCCAGGGUUUUUUUGAUAUAGAUAUGAAUUGUCUUGGUAAGAAUAAUUGAUUACUAAUGUAAAUAUGGUAAAAUUAUUGGUGAACAUCAAAUUUUAAAAAAUUAUUUCAAUAGUGAGAAAUCAGAUUGACAUCAUGCCUAAUUUCAAUAUCUACUGCUGAUGUUUUUAACCUACUAUAACCUAUAGAUUUUGGAUUUUUUAAAUGUAGAGAAAUAUAUAUUUGAAUAUAAAUUUAAAUUUUUUUUGGUUGAAAUUUGUUAUAUCGGGCCUGAUUGUUUUAGAGGGCCUGUUUUAGUAAUAGUUGGGUGUUACAUUAUUUCAAUACCCAGUUAAACAAAAUUCAACAACACCUAAUUAUUAAGCAUUAAUUAAACAAAGUUCUUUUAAAGUUUAUAAUCCUUAUUGUAGUAAUAGAAUGUAGUGUCAUAAACGGUUUAUGAAGAAUUUGUAAAAUGUUUUUUUCCAAUAGAUUUUCCCAAAAUUUUGUAGGGUGGAAGAAAAACAUUUCGGUCCAUGGGAAAUGCUUGGAUCCGGAGACCCAUGAUCGUGUUUUUCAUUAUAAUAAUUUACUUGAUGUCAGAACAUUGUGAUAUGUACCAUUAUUGAAUAAUCAUUCCUACACAAAGGCUAGCAACCUUUUUCCAAAAUGGGAACAGUUGUGGGAAGAAUGAAAAAGUAAAAUUUGACACACUAAAUAUUAGCUGUUUAAUCAUAUUUUAACUGAUGAAAGUGGCGUCUUUGCUAGUAAAAAAUUAAUACAAUAAAAAUAUCAUUCCAUUCACAACUUUUUCAAAAAUAUACUGAGACAACUUGUAUUGCUCAAUCAAUAAUAAUAAUAAUAAUAUAAAAUAAUUAUGGCAUCUCUAAUAAUUGGAUGCUAUAAUGACUGAAUUUCGUUUUAUAGUAUUGGUAGGGCUAUAUUCAGAAGGCAAACUUACCUGAGACUGUUACUUUUCUAUGUUUUAAAACACUCAAUGACCACAGCUAUAGAGCUGAAUUUUUAUAAAUACUCUUCUCAGUCUUCAGUCUUCUACAUGAAAUAUCCUUAAACUUUUACUCCUUGCCACUCAGUAUAUAACCCACCAUCUGCCCCUUCAUUAAACCCCUCUCGCACCUGCCCCUUUACUUAAAUUACUUGUUCAACUCUAGUUCGACAGAAAGUAAAACUCAACCAUAAUGUUGUGGCAAACUCAUUUAUUUUGAAAACGCUGUUUUAAAAAAAAUCAAAAUGAUGAAAUUGUGAUGAAGAUCAUAAAAAUUCAAAGUAAAUAUUUUGCAAAAAAAGUUACAAUACUGCCAGGAGCAAUUACACCUCAUGUUUAUAUUUUUAUUGCUUAAAUUAAAUUUUGGAACAAACCAAGAUAUUCAUUCUUUCUUUACAAAGAGUUUUGUUGUUAAAGAAAUAAAUAAAAAUAUUGAGAUAUUAUUUCUACAUAAAAAUAUUAAGAAAAUCCAAAUUUCUGUAACAUAUUCUUGUCAACGAAUUUUAUUUUAACAAAUCAUGAAAAAUAAUAAAGUAUAUUUAAUUUAUUGAAUUAUUGUGAAAGCCCUAUUAAGUCACCUAAUUAAUUUCAGUUGGCUUGCUGCUAAAAAAAAUUAAGAAAAGGAUAUAUAUUUUAGUGAUUAGUUGUGAAGUUUUGUUUUGAAAUCAAUUUGAACUCAUGUAAGAAAAUCUAACGUUGAUAGCCCCUAAAGUGGAACAUUUUAAUUAUUUAUGAAAAUUUGUUAAUUUUUUUUACAAACAGCUUUAUGGGUUUCUGUAGAUUAGUUUUGCUUUGUCUUUAAUUUAUCCACCUCUUACAAUUUUUUAUUGAAUACCUUUGAUAUCUUAUUUAAGCUUGGUGCAGAUAGAUCUGAACGAUUGUUGUAAAUUAAAUAUUUACAAUUUAGAACGUUUAAUUUUUAGAUGCUUUUUGAACAAAUACUUUGUUUUAUUCCUAUUUUUAUAUCAUUUGUGCAUAUGGAUGUAUGCUCAAUAGCAAGUGUCUGAUUUCACUGUUUGGAGAUUUGUUUAUUCAGGUUUUAUUUCCUACUAAAAAAAUUGUCCUUUGCUGAACACAGUAUAAUAUAAAAGGUUAUUUGGUCAUUGCGAGGGAUUAAUAUGAAAAUAAAACUUAUCUCUGCUAUUUGUGGCGACAUAUGCAUUGCCAUCUUCCUCAUGUCAUGUAAAUCUCCUAGUAAAGAGGUCUUUGAUGUGAUAAAUUUAAGGCACUCAUCUUUUAUAAACAAAAUAUAACGUUAAUAUCACUUUUCACCCGCAGACAUAAAUGAAUGUCACAAUACCAGCUUAUGUGAUCAGCUUUGCAUAAAUACAGAAGGUUCAUACUACUGUCAAUGUGGAAAGGGAUUUGUGCUCAGUGCUUCAGACAACUCAUCAUGUAUUGGUAUGUCCCACUUGCUGUCAUUAAUCAAUUCUUGUCUAAAGUAUACCAAACACAACUCAUUUCACUCUUGUAAUAUAAAUUUAGAUAUUUAUUCUUAAUGCUUAAAUUUAAAUUGGGGUAGUGUUUUUUUUAAAUUUUUAUUGUGGGGGGGGGGGCAAUACAUUUUAAAAAUUGGAUUUAAAACAGAUUAUCUUUUUAGAAGGUUGGUACUCUAAAUCAAUAUGAUUUAAGUCAGUUUUUUUUUUCUAGGACAACCUGGCUUUCUUGCAUGUUAGGGCUUUAAAUAUUCUUGGAUGAAUACAGUUUGCGAGAAUCAUAGACAAUGUUAACAUUUUCCAUUUUAAUAGUCUAUUACGGUGGUUCCCAAAUGGUGCUCCACAGAACCCAAAAGCCUCACCUUCCGCUCCAGGAAACCCCUAAACAUUAUUAACUUGUAAGACAUUAGUAGGAAUUGGGUACUCACCUAAUUAAAGUAAUUCUAUAAAGGGCUCCGCUAAUAAAAAAGAAUGGGAACCAUGGACUAUUAAAAAAAUUAUAAGUCAAGAAGUUAUCAAAUAUGUUAUGCGUUUUGAUGUACCAUAAGAAAGACAAUAACUUAAAAACAAAAUUGUUUCAAUAGUUAGAAGGUUGUAGCUUCGAUCCUCAUUAUAGCAAUUUAAAAAACAUUUUAAUUUUUAACUAUAUGGAGCCCGCCAAAUAUUGGCGACAGCAAUGCUUGAACUUCCCAUCUACUAAAGUUACUUGACAAAAACGUGAACUCAAUUUUGCUACCACCCACCCCACCCCUCUUCAUGAUACGUCACGGCACACUUUUUAUUUCACGUCGACCCGCAGCUUAGCAGACGUCGCAAGCUUGGCUGGCAAGCAGGGGUGGUGCAGGGGGGGCGGUAGCUCCACCGCAGUGCACAUGUCUCGUGAACUAUACAAAUAUAGCCCACCCGCGGCUUAGCGGACGGCGUGAGCUUGCUGUGAUGUAUCCAUAAUAUAUAACCUGCGUGAUCGUCUUGUUUGCCCUAGUUUCUGGCAAAUUAUAUAUAUAGAUUAAUUUCAUGUUAUUACUAAUCAGAUUGGCCAAGGUGAAAUUUAAUUCCUCAUGAUUAAAGAAAGAAAACAUUUUGAAAAUCACUAUUUCUUCUAAUCUAGUCUUUUGUUUCAGACAUUUACCCAAAAAUAAUUGCUUUGUAACCCCAUUUGAGGUUAUGCCCCAUCUUCUGGGAACCUGUGCUCUAGAAACCUGUCAAAAUACUUCUAUAUUAACCCUAGUAAGACAUGUACAUAUAUACAAACAUGUAUGUAUAAAUAAAACAUUUGCUUCUAAAUAUUUUGUGAUGGAUUUGAAACUAGAAUUGGUAGAAAUGCAAAAACCAAGGUGUAAUUUUCUUUUCUCUACAGCCGGUCAUACCAGAAUUUUGCUUAACAUGCAUAUUAUUAGCUAGAUAUCUAUGACUAGGGCUAAGAAAUGUCUCAACUAACCUAAUUUUUUUUUUCAUUCUUUAAUAGACAAACAUUUAAGUAAAGCAGCUUUUAUAUAGUUAAAUUCAGUUUAUAUUAUAAUUUUAAUUGAUUUAAUAUUAUCCAUAGAAUAGCCAGGAUGGUGACUUUCCAAGAAUAAGCAAAACCCCAGGAAAUGAGAAAAAAUAGUUAAAACCAGUUAUUUAAAAUAUUAAAAAAUAUUAGUGAGUUCCCAAUUUUCAUGUUUGAACCUGAUACCUAAAAAUAAUUAGUGCAGCCCAUGGGAUAGUCAAGAUUUUAGCCCAUCCACCCUCUUGCAGAAUUUUUUUGGCCAAAAUGCCAUCCUUCAAUAUAAAUAUAAACGGUAACUUCCAGUGCAGACCACCUAUUUCCCCACUGCUAUGAAUACAUAAUGUUUUUAAUAAAAGCCACUUAAUAUACCUUGUAUUAUUCAAUUUAGCUAUUGCUGGAAAAAACUGUUCAGCAUGUCACUGCUUCUUAACAAACACUCAUUCCUGGUUGGAGACAACGCGUCAAUGUAUUUGUAAAGAAGGAUGGACAGGCAGUGAUUGCUCUACAAAGAUUGAUAACUGUCUCAAUCACAGCUGUCCAGCUCACUUGCAAUGUCAAGAGAGAAAAGUUGGCUACGACUGUUUGUUGGAAUGGCCUUAAACCUGGACCUCUAGGCACUUGUAAAGGUUAGAGAAUUAUCCUUUUUCAUAGAGAGUGUUAGUUAUUCUUUUUUUACACACAUGACAUUUUAAGACUUAACAUACUGUGUUUGGUGGAUGACGUGGAGGUGGGUUGACAAUUUGGCUCAAAAUAUAUGGUUCACAGCGUCUUCUUGGCUGAGUGAAUGGGUGGGUAAGCUCAGAUCAACUUUGUAGUUUUAUGCUUAGGUAAAGAGUUAAGUUACUUCAACCUGGAUUUUGUAAGCAUUCAUUAUUUAAAAAGGUCAAUAAUUCUACUUUUGUCUAUAAUUUAAAGAUCACAAUUUCAAUACUAAACAUAGGAAAUAAAAAAGAUUUUAAAAAAAACUUAAAUAAAAGACUUUCUGUUAAAGAUGAAUUAAAAUGCACUAAAAAGUAGAAAUUAGCUUCAAAUUUCUUAAAAUGCAUUAUGUAAAGAAAGUGUGUGAAGAAAAUAGGCCUAUAUAAAAAAAAGUAUUUUUGUAUUAUUUGUGCAGAAUAACCUAUUUCUUAUUUAAAAUAUUAUCCUAAUUAUAUAUAACUAUUAAAGAGAAGUUGCAAAUUCAUUUCAACAUAUAUUUUCCUUAUUUUAGACUGCAACAGGACUCUAUCUAAUUCCAAUGGAUGGAUAAUGACCUCAAACUACCCACUGGAUUAUGACAAUGACACAUUUUGUACAUGGACAAUUGUCAGCCCGGGUUCAGAUACUACAAUCACACUCAGGUAUGAACUAAUUUUUAUAAAUAAUAAUGUCACACUUAGGCAAUGAAUUAUAAUACAAAAAUUAAAAAUAAAAUUCUUUUUCUGUUAUAAUGCAUGCAACUCUAGAAAUUGUUUUGUACACCUAAUAAUAAGAAAACAGUAUGUAGUUAUUAAUUGAAUAUUACCUAAAAUAAAAGGUUCAAUGAGUUAUGCUACCUUUAUUUCCUACAACAGUAUAACAGAAUAUGAAGUUGAGGGCUGUCCAAAUGAUUAUUUGAAGAUCUAUGAAGGAAACAGUACACAGGACCAUGUCUUUGGACCAUUCUGUACUUCCGGUCCAGGUGUUCUCACAACUACAGGAGGUUCAUUUCAUUUAGUAUUCACGUCUGAUUUUUCCAUAACCAAAAGAGGGUUCAGAGGCUUUUACUCUAUUAAAGGUUAGUCAAAUUUCAGCAAGGGGAGUAACUUUUGUUUGUUUAAAUUGUCAUUACUAAUAUGUUCCCACUCCAUUGUUAAUUCCAAUUUUUGUUCCAGUCGGCCCAGAUCUUAGUUGUAGACCAGUACCAAUAUGUUUCAGCUUGUUAUAAGGGAGAUGACUGCCAUUGAAUUAGCAUGAUGCUUUAUUUUGUGGCCCUCAGUCAGCAAACAACACAACAUAAAGUAGAUACAUCAAGUCAUAUUUAGUCUGAGCAGUCAACAAAAUGACGGGUCCACCAAAUCUGGACCACCUCCUGCCUUCCAUCUGUCUUUCUAGACGUGACAAAAUCUCUCCAUCUUGUGUCGUUAAUGGACUAGUGAAUUCAAAGGAUAAAAUACACCACCCCUUACCACCCAAACUGUCCUUUUAAGCUUGGACUGAUUCAUGUACCAAUAAUAAAUAGUUGACCUUGCCCUCUUCCCACCACCUGCACUGUAACCUUGUGUGCUUCAAGAUUGACCUCACUCCAGGUUCAACUUUCCCCUUUAUUUUAACACAAGCAAAAAAUAUUUUACACUCUGUCUCACAACCCUGCCACAUUUUUGUAUGACCCAGUACUGCAAAAUUCAAUUCAAUAACUUUGUGUUAGCAUCAGAUUCUACACUGAUCAAUAUAAUUUAUAAUUAAAAGAUAUGUUAUCAACUAGCUCUGACCAAUCCAUCUUUAUUUCGUUUACAAUAUUAUUCCCCAGAAUGGAUUGCUGAUAUUUAUCUUAUAACAUUUGGGAUCUUUUCAAACCGUUUUUUGGGAUGUUGCACAAGUAAAUGUUCAUAAAAAAAACCUGUAAUCUAUUGGUUUCAAGUUUUCUUCAAUGUUUCACACCUGAAUUGAAGAAUAGAGUUUACAUUAAUAUUUAAUUUUUUCAACCUUACUUUUAUACUUUUAUAAUUAUUUCAACACAUUUUCAUAACUUAUUCAAAGUUUCAAAUUCUUCCCUCGGUUCCUUUUAUAAAGUUUUAAUAUCUCCAUUGGUACCACCCUCUUUAAAAAUACCUGAUUAAUAACGGAACUUUUAAUUUCCAGAUGCAUGUAUUGUUGAGAAAUGCUCUCACAACUGUGAAGUCAUGUCCUUCAACCCUAGAGUAGAGCUGUGUACAUGUCCUGACUGGAUGAUACUUGAAACAUCUAAUGCAUCCAGGUGUAUUGAGAUAAAUGGUAAGUCUGUCAACAUAAUUUUACUGGAAUAAAAUUAGAUGAAAUGUUGACCGAUUUAAUUUAGUUUGCUAAAUUCUAUUAGUUUGCUAAAUUCUAUCAAUGAGACGCAAGGUUUUUUAAUUUUAAAAAAUGAUUAAUCGAUAUAUCAAUGGUUUUUAGUUUUAAAUCCUCAACUUAGGCAUGCUUUGUUAAACAAAAAUAAAGCAAUUUUUUCAGUCUGCCACCCCUGAUAAAUAAAAAUGGUUUUUGAUGUAUUGUGUUAAUUUUCACUUUCAUAGUUCUUUAAGAUAGCCUCUGACUUCCUUGGCAAUAAUCUUGAUAGUCUUGGGUUAACUCUAAUAGGAUAAAAUCAAAAGUUUCCACAAAAGUAAUUUUCUGCUAUCUAUUAAGAUCCUGGCAAACUCUUUUUGUUCCAGAUUUUCUUCAUAGAAUUUUUAUCUGUUAAUAAUUACUCAAAUUGUUUUAAUGACAACCUUGACUUCUUUUGUUUUUAAAAAUCAGGCUGCAACACAAUAAUGACAGCAUCAGGACCUAUCGCUACACCACUGUUCCCAGAAUUCUACUCAGAAAAUGUAAAUUGUUUUUGGAAUAUUUCAAAAGGCAAUAACAGGGAAAUCACCGUCAGGUAUUUUUAUAAAACAUUGCUCAUAACUUAGGGUUCCUCUUUAUGUACUUGUUAUAUAAUUUAUGAUGUCAUUUUUUUGUUGGUUCUUAAAUAAAGAUAUUCUUCUCUUAAUUUGUAACUGUCUGCAACUAUAUUACACUAAGAUUAAUCAGCUUUGUGAUUAAUGGUGAGCAUUAUCUAUGCUCUAGAAAGUAAUGGGUGCAGCAUCCCUUGAUGGGAUAUUAGCAUAGUUGUAUGGGUAUGACCACAGUUAGUUUUAAAAAUAGUAUCUUAGUUAACAAGUAGGUCUUAUAUGGACGUUCAUUAGUUAAAAUAUUUUUUUUUGUUAAUUUUCGCGACAUCAAUUUUAAAUGUAUUUCAGUUUCUCUGACUUUGAGAUCGAAGAGCGAUGGGACUGUGGCUAUGAUUCAGUUGAAUUCUUAGAUGGUCCUGAGGCAACCUCACUGGGAAAGUUUUGUGGAGGAAUGGCUCCAACCAUCACAUCAAGGAACAUUUUCCUGUUGGUAGUGUUUGUUUCAGAUGAUUCUGUUUCUGGAAGAGGCUUCAAGGGCAAAGUCACCAUCACUUAGAUUUAUUUCAAUGUAAGCAAUUAUUUUAAAGAAUGUGUUCAAGUAUUUUUGAAGGCCUGGAAGACACGAAAUAACAAGCAUAAUGUGUCCAAGUAGGCAAUGAAGCCAUGUGACCAGUGAAUGUCAGGCUCACAAUGACAUGCUGCCAGGGAAUUGUUUACUCACUUUCAAAGUUGCCCUCAAAGACAUUUGGGUGUCCACCUCUGAUUUAAACUGUUUUGCAUUUAAAAUAUUUCUUUUCUUAAUUGGUAUUGUAUUAUUAAUUUUAUUGAACAAUGUUAAGAUAUUGCAUUAUACUACAGGGCUUUUUUCAAAUAAAAGUUAAGUGUUUGAUUUAUACAUGGACCACAUUUUGCAAGGUAUUUAUUCUUUUUAGAACUUUUAGUCCUUUUGGAAAAAUGUUUUUGAAGAAAAUUUGCAAAUAAAUUUAUAUUUUCCAGCACAUUUUAGGGCAAUCAUGUAUAUUUUUCAAAGAAAAUUCAAGACUCUAUAAUGUAGUCAAUAGUUUCUUGGAUUGAUACAAGACCU